CGCGCCGCGGCCCUCGCUCGGCGGGGUGACGGCGGGGCCGCUGCCGUGACCGUCGGGGGCCGCCUGCUGUGCCGGCAGCGGGGCCCGGGGCGGGCGGCGGCGGCGCUCCGCGCCCCUCGGGGCCGGCCGGUGCCUCCAGCGGCUCUCCCGCCCACGGGCGGGAAGGCAGGCAGGGAGGGAGUUCCUGGGGGCGGCAGAGGCGGUCCUGGCUCUGUCCAAGGUCUCCUGAAACUGCUGCUCCUUCCAAGCGCUGUUCCAGCGCCACGACGCUUUCGUUUGUCCCGAGGUAGUGCACGGGACACAGGAAGAGUCUGAACAUAACUUAAGACCAUGGCAGCACGCUGGAGAAUCCUGAUAAUAUUUGUGGCAGCUCAAGUACUAUUUGUGGUAAAUAGCUUUGAGGAAGAGGAUGUACCUGAAGAAUGGAUUCUUCUUCUUGUUGUUCAAGGCCAGAUUGGAGCAGGAAACUACAGCUAUUUGAGACUAAAUCACGUGGGAAAAAUAGUACUUCAGAUGCGGAGUUUAAAAGGUGAUGCGGACUUGUACGUAUCCGGUAUGACGCUUCACCCCAGCUUUGACGAGUACGAGCUACAGUCCGUAACCUGCGGCCAAGACGUUGUCCACGUACCCGCGCACUUCCGCCGCCCGGUGGGAAUUGGGAUUUACGGUCACCCCUCUCACCGGGAGAGUGAGUUCGAAAUGAAAGUAUACUACGAUCGAACAGUUGUACAGUACCCGUUUGGUGAGGCUUCUUACAACCCCGAGGAGAUGGAGGCAAACCAGAAAUACUCCCAGUCUACAGAAGAUGAAUCUCAGGAUGAGUCGUCUGUUUUCUGGACUGUACUUAUUCCAUUCUUGAAACUAAUACUUGAAAUUCUUUUACACUUCAGCCUGUGAAAUUAAACGUGAAUGACUUGCUGUAA